AUGGGAUGGCAGUCCUACGUGGUGCCGAUAUUGGGCAGCGCCGCGGUCUCUACAGCAGCCUUUUUACUUGGAGCCCUUGGCUAUUCCUACUUCUGGAUUGGUCUCAUUAUCAUCAUGAGCGUCACGAAGAGCUAUUUAUGGAAGAAACGACAGAAACGGUUACUGGCCUUACGUGCAACGGCGGUGCACGAACGGGAAGUGAUCAUGGCUCAGCUGCAAGAUUUGCCAGCAUGGGUUCAAUUUCCGGACACAGAACGAGUGGAAUGGCUGAACAAGGUUAUUCUACAACUGUGGCCGUAUGUUGGUGAAUACGCUAAAGUUUUCAUGACAGACUUCAUCAUUCCUCAAGUUAAGGCCCAGAUGCCUGGAGUUUUCAAGAACUUCAAAUUCACUAAAAUGGAUAUGGGCGACAUACCGUGUCGUGUUGGAGGAAUCAAAGUCUAUACAACUAAUGUCGGACGAGAUCGCAUUAUCGUUGAUAUGGAUGUGGCCUACGCCGGCGAUGCAGACUUCACUGUAUCGUGUUGUGGAUUCACCGGUGGUAUGAAUAGCAUCCAGUUCUCUGGAAAGCUUCGAGCUGUUCUGAAGCCGUUGUUGCCCUAUCCUCCUAUGGUUGGGGGUGUUUCGGGCUCUUUCCUCGAGAUGCCGAAAAUCGAUUUCAACUUGACCGGAAUGGGUGAAAUGGUAGAACUGCCUGGGUUGAUGAACGCCAUCCGUAGUGUUAUGAAUAGCCAGGUAGCAGCCCUAUGUGUUUUACCGAAUGAGAUCGUCGUGCCGUUGGCUCCCAAUGUUGACGUCACAAAAUUGUUCUUCCCCGAGCCCGACGUGAGUUCCAGCUUCCAAAAAACCUCGAGAAUCGCGACAUUUCCUUCAUCAGGAAAGGGAAAAGUGAUCCUAUUCAUUUUUUCAGUUGGAUCACAAUUCUUGAAAACCCGUACCAUUGACAACGAUUUGAAUCCUGUAUGGAAUGAGUAUUUUGAGGCAGUUGUUGAUCAGGCUCACGGGCAGAAACUCCGGAUCGAGCUGUUCGAUGAAGAUCAAGGUCAGGAUGAGGAACUUGGCCGCUUGAGCAUCGACCUGAAGGACAUCCAGUCUAAAGGAAGCAUAGACAAUUGGUUCCCCCUAGAAGGCUGUAAGCACGGUGAUCUACAUCUCAAGGCGACGUGGAUGAAUCUGUCGAAGGAUCGCAGCCACUUGGAAAAACAGCAGUGGGAGUCCGAAUGGUUGCAAGCCGACAAACCAAUCCAUCCAGCUCUUCUGAUGGUUUANCGAUUUUUUUUGCAGUACCCAAAGGCAAAACUUGAACCGUCUCCGUUCGUUGAAGUAACGCUCGGUGAAAAUGCUCAGCGUACUCCAGUCAAAGUGAAGACGGUUAAUCCACUCUAUCAGUCGAAGUUUUUGUUCUUCGUCAGACGUCCCGAUGGACAAGAGCUGAAGUUCGAGGCAAUCGACGACGGCACUCGCCGACCACUGGGCACCCUCACGUUGUCUUUGAAUCGGCUCAUGACGGAGCCACAGAUGGAGUAUUACCAGCACACGUUCAUGCUCACUCUCGGGGUUCAUCAGAGUCCAAUUGUAGUAACCGUCAGACUGAGGGUACGUAAAUUGAUCUUUCUCCGAUCAAUUGUGCUUUACGAUAGCGUGUUGCCAAGGCCGCACAGAUCACAAGGGAACCCAUGUAGGAAGUUCAAACAACUUGUCAUGAUCCACAUCGAAAGUGAAAGGCAGUUCUGUACACUUUGGUUUGAUGUAGUCGGCUCUUUGUGCAAUUGCAACAACUGA